AUGAGAGCCAUCACGAAAAACGGCAGGAGGCUCGGCCCUGAGCCGUAUGCGGCGCGCAGUCAGCUUUCUCCCGUGCUUGCAUCCCUCUUCCCCUCCCGCUCAUCCUCAAUAUCUACGUAUGGGGAUGCUUCUCCUUCUCUGCUAGCCAAGCAGCGUUGUAAGCGAGGCUCCGCGCGCAGUCAGCCGCGCAGCAGCUGGGGGGACGCAGCCGCGCGCAGUCACACGCGCAGUCACGCGUGCAGUCACGCGCGGAGUCAGGCGGUCAAUCAGGCGCUAUGUUGCCUCGUCGCGUUCCUAGCAGUCGCGUGUCAGCAUGUCGCCCCGGUUGCUGGCGUCAUCAUCAUGAUCGCUCCGGACAACGCCACGUACUCGUUUGAAGACGCUGACGCCGCGUUCGGCGGCCUCAUCCCCUCGACGGGCAUGCGCGGAGUGCUCCGCCGCGCCGUCCCCUACGACGCAUGCGAGCCGCUCACGAAUCCCGCGGGGGGGGAAUCCGCGGAGGGGGAAUCAGCGGGGGAAUCGGCGGAGGGAUUUACGGAGGCGGAGUUUGUGCUUAUAGAGAGGGGCAACUGCCUGUUCGACGUGAAGGCGCUGAACGCGCAGCGCGCGGGAUACGCGGCCGCGGUGUGUCAGGGCGGCACAUGUGAGGGCAUCACAAUUCCAGCAGUUUUCGUCACUCAAUCCUCUGGCCACGCCCUAACCAACAUCAUCAACCGCUUCCCCCUACCCUCCUUCCACCACCCCCUCUCUCCGCCCGUCCUCUUCCCCCCUCUCCCCUUCCCAGUGUCAGGGCGGCACAUGUGGGGCAUCGCCAUUCCAGCAGUCUUCGUCACUCAAUCCUCCGGCCACGCCCUUAUCAACAUCAUCAACGGACGGCACAGGCUGCGGCAGGCUGUAGCAGCCGCCGCCACAGCCAUGGGCGCGGGCGGCGCCGGUCGGCUGCUAGCGGCGCGUCAGGAGCCGCCCGGGCUAUCAGAGGAGGAGGUCAAGGCGCUUCCAGAAUUGGUUUUCCCGCCAAAAGGGAAGCAUUCGGUUGCAGAUGGAAGCGAGGAUGGUGAUUGUAGCAGUGGUGAUUGUAUCGGUAGUGAUACUAGUAGUGACGAUGCUGCUGUUGCAAUGGGAGCAGAGGGAGGAGAAGGAGGAAAGGGACGAGAGGGAGGAGAGGGAGGAGAGGGAGGAGAGGGAGGAGAGGGGACAGAGGGAGCAGUGGAAGCAGGGGGAGGAGAGGGAGGGGGCAGAGAGAUGGAGACGUGUGCAAUCUGCCUGGAGGACUAUGAGUGGGGGGAUAGGCUGCGCCUUCUGCCCUGCUCGCAUGAGUUCCACGUUGACUGCGUUGACCAGUGGUUGACCACCCGCCGCCCCUUCUGCCCCGUCUGCAAGCGAGACGCACACCCCCGCACCCACCCCUCCCUUUCCUCCCCUCCUCCUCUCAAUUCCACCCCCACCGCUACCAACACCACCACCACUACCGCCGCUCUCGCCGCGUCUUCCUCUGUCGCUGCUUCAACUGCUCUCUUCGUCUCCUCCCUGCUCUACCCCCUCAUCCGCUCCUUCUCACCCCUCCCAUCCCUGCCCACCGCAUCCAACUCCUCUAAUACCGCACCCAACCCCUCACAUUCCGCGCCUGGAAGCAGCAGGAGAGCCAGACCUUCCCGUUCCUCCUCCUCUUCUUCCACCUCUUCAUCCUCCUCCUCCCACUCCUCCCCAUCUCCCCACUCCCCCACAAACCCCAUCACCGCACUGCACCCUCCCGGACUCUCCCUCUCCUCCUUCCCUCCCUCUGCCACCCCACCCACCUCCAUCCCCACUCUCCCCUCCUCUCACUUCCCCACUCCCCGGUUCAUCGCAGCUUCAACCGCCUCCUCCUCCUCCCUCUCUCCCCCUGACCCUUCCCGGGAACCCUUUUUGCUGCAUCACCCUUCGAGGGAUUCAGAUGAUGAAGAGACGGGGGAGAUUAGACCUGUACCCAUACCAGGGUUUACCCCGCCGUCACCUGUGCCCACUCAUUUGGAGGUCUCAAAUUGA